GUCCGAUUGAAAGGAUCGGAGAGAAGCUGCUGCGUUCCUAAUUGGUUUGUCACAUUUGUGUGGUUUUCCACUUGUGCAUUGGCUGCAGAAACACUCGAGAUCGAGAUCGAGAAGAUGAGUGGAACAGGGAAGAAGGUAGUGGACGUAGCAUUCAAGGCAGGGAAGACGAUAGAUUGGGAAGGUAUGGCUAAGCUUAUCGUCUCCGAUCAGGCUCGCAAGGAGUUCGCUACUCUCCGCCGUGCCUUCGAUGAAGUCAACACCUCUCUCACCACCAAGUUCAGCCAGGAACCAGAACCAAUUGACUGGGAAUACUAUAGAAAAGGAAUUGGGUCUCGCUUGGUUGACAUGUACAAAGAAGCUUAUGAGAGUGUUGAAGUUCCAAAGUAUGUGGACACUGUUACUCCUGAAUACAAACCCAAGUUUGAUGCCCUGUUGGUGGAACUGAAAGAAGCAGAAGCAACAUCUCUGAAGGAGUCUGAAAGAUUAGAGAAAGAAAUUGUAGAAGUCCAAGAGUUGAAGCAAAAGAUCAGUACCAUGACUGCAGAUGAAUAUUUUGAGAAGCAUCCAGAGGUAAAGAAGAAGUUUGAUGAUGAAAUCCGAAAUGAUUAUUGGGGCUAUUGAUUUUGAACCACUGAUACAGGUGAACUUUUAUUCAGUUCAUCUGUAUGUGUCGUUGAUUUUUUAGAAUAAAGAAGGGGAAAACCAAAUUGUUUUGCUUUGUGGGUGUUCUGAAGAAUUUGAACUACAAUGUAUUUCAUGCUGAGAUAUCCUCAUCCAGCCUCUUAGUAGAGAGGUGAAAGGUUGUUGAAUAUUAAAUGACUUGAUUCCUAUCUCAGAAGUAAGCAUAAAUUGCUUUAGACCGAACAUUGAUAUCGUUUUGUUUUGUUUUGUUUUGUUUUGUCGGUUUGCUUGAAUCAUGCAAGCUCUUCUCUCAAUGGUGAUUCUUUUCUUUCUAA